UUCAAGCCUAUGUGAUAUCCUGUGCGAUUUUUUAGAUAUAACAUAGUGUCGGUUAACGGCUUUGCCCAUAUGUACUAUUCGUCUUCGCAAAAUGGGUUCGUCUGACAAUGGGAGUGAUAAAAAACUUGAUGAGAAUUAUAUAUAUGGCCGCUGGGGCAACUAUCAAGUGAUUCAAGCUGCCUUGAUAUUCUACAACAUAUUACCUACAGCAUUUCAACUUCUGAUAGGAGUUUUCAUUGGUUAUAGACCAACCUUUCAAUGUUCAUCGAGCAGCGCAUAUGAAAAUAUUACUUUGACCACAAACAGCUCCUAUUUCGUUUCCUACGACAAAUGUCAUAUUAAAGUGCUAUACAAUGACACAGCUAAGAAGACGCAAACGUUGGUCAAGAAAACAACUUGUUUUGAGGGAUAUCAAUACAGUCUUGAAAAAGACCGCUCAUAUGUCACUGAGAUGGAUCUUGUGUGUGAUCAAGCCUAUCUUGGAGAGUUGAUUCAGACUCUCAUCAUGACUGGACAGCUAGUUGGGGCAGCCUUUGCAUCGUCUCUCAGUGACAAGUUGGGUAGAAAAACGAUCCAUUUGACAUCUCAUUUAUUGACGUUAACGUUCGGGAUUGGAGUGGCUUUCUCACCCAACUACGUAACCCUGGCAGCCCUCAAAUUUGUUCUCGGUGUUUUACAACAGGGGAUGGUUAUGUCCAAUACAGUGCUUGGAUUGGAAUUGUUUCCAGAACAAACGCGUUUCUACUCGGAAGCUAUUGGACUUUUUAGUUGGACCACAAGUUUGGUUAUCAUGGCUCCGGUAGCAUAUUUGAUGAGAAACUACUCCUGGAGAUAUCUACAGGUUGUUGGGACGUGCUUCUCUUUAAUAAGUUUAGCCCAAUAUUGGAUUCAAGACGAAUCAUUAAGAUGGCUAGCAGCAAACGGUAAAAGGGAGGCCGCGGAUAAGGUCAUGCAUAAAGUGGCAAGAUGGAAUAAAAUCAACUACGAGGAACUGAAGAAAAUAGUGGACAAAAAAAUGGAUAGCAUCAAACCCGACACGCAUAAGGUCAACGAAACGGAGACGACCACGAAUAGUGCGCCGUCGCAUGUUGUGGAAAAAUAUUCGGCCCUAACAAUUUUGAGAAACAAAAGCAUUUUUCUUAUCUCUUUGAUCUUGUGGUUUAUAUGGGUUACCAAUACGGUUACCUACUUUGGACUGACCUUGACAUCAACAUCUUUGGCGGGAAACCGUUUCCUGAACUUUUUCCUAUCAUCCAUUGUUGAGUACAUAGCGGUGAUUUGCGAGUUCUUAAUGCUGCGUAGGCUAGGUAGAAGAACAAUACUAAUCAUAUUCCAUGCUGUUUGUGGUGUAUCCUUAGCUUCCGCCACUUUAUUGAAUUACUUUUCAGGUGGAAAUAGCCGAAUGCAAAUGGCAUCGGUUGUUACAACGUUUCUUGGGAAAUCGGCCAUUUCCGGAUCAUUCAGUACUCUCUAUCUGUUUACCCCAGAGUUGUAUCCUACGAAUUUGAGAAAUGCUGGUAUCGGAGUUUCGUCUGCUUUUUCAAGGUUUGGGGCAAUACUGUCCCCUUUUGCAGGAACACUGGCCGAAGAAAUUCCUUGGGCUCCAGGAACUAUAUUUUCCGCGAUGUGUUUCAUCGUUACGUUCAUUAUCUUGUACGUACCGGAAACACGUGGUGUAGAACUUCCUCAUACUCUUAAAGAUGUAAAAGUGUGGUAUUCAGAGAAUAGUGGUAUACGACAACGAAAGAAAGAAAACAUCAUUGAGCUGAAACUUUAAUUUCGAAUUUUGUCUGUUUUGAGUUUAAAAAUGCAAUAAGAUUAAAAAAAACCCAAACUUUAAUUUUUUUUUCAAGGUGUCAACAAAUCCAUUCGAAAUGUCCGUAAAACGAAUGAUGAAGAUACACUUCUUUGCCCAAUACAUAUAAUUAAUGCAUAAUAACAGGUUUUCGAUAAAAUCAAAAAGCGGUCUUAGAACCUGAAUUACUUUUAUGUUCCAUCAAACUUGAAUGUUUUAAGUAGUGCACAAUAUAAAAGCCAAAAGUAUAUGCUUAUAUUUAAACUUUAGUUGUUUAGAAAUAUUCAAAAUUUGAAAGAAAUUUGACUUCACAUUUUUAGCCACAUUGCCUCAAGUUUACCACUUUAAUUUCUUUCUAGUGGAAUAUAAAUGAAAUAUUAUUUGAUAUAAGUUGCUUUUAAACACAUUAAAGAUACAUGUAGACGUAUACGUGGUGAUAUGUAUACAGAAAAUUGUUUUGUCACCUAUAAACACUACAUGUACUUAUAUAUUCUAACUAGUAACUUGAAGUGAACUUUGAUAUGAUAUAGUUGAAACAAAAAUUUGCAAUAUUUAAAAGUUUUUAAAGAGAAAUUGUAUUAUUAAUUUUUUUUUUUAAAUUACAGCAUGGUUGUUAUUAAUCCGUUUCAUAAAUAUAAUGAAAUAUGGACAAUGGGACUUUGGAUUUUACAUAAAGUAAGAAUAAACGACAUUUGACAGGGUGAAAAUAUUUUUUUAAAGAAAACCAGGAUGAAGUCUUCAUAAUCAACCAUUGUUAUUAUGAUAUCACUUUGAAAUUUAAUGUCUUUACUAGAAAAGAAACAUAAGUUACACUUAAUUAAAUGACAGAGGGUUGUACAAAGCCAAUGAAUAUUGUAAACCAACUUUUAUUCGCGUGCGCGAAAGCUUCGUCGUCGCGAAUAUUUAUCGUCGCGAACCAGUCUUUGGUAAUAUUUUUUUCAGAUAAUCUACUUUUACAUCAAGAAAAUUUAUAGCUGCGAACCAGUUCUUCUUCGGCAACUCCCAAAAUAAUGUAUAGCCGCAAACAAAAGUUGGUUUAGACCACCAUUCAAAUGAGCAAACAUCUUGUAUAAGAUGUACCUCAAUGUUAAAUAUAUAAAGGAUAUGAUAGACAUUUUCCGGUCUUUAGAUAGAGGAUUAUGUUUAAAAAAUUUCCAUUAUGUUGUGUGUUUAAGAAACUAAUUUAAUUAAUUAACUUCACAUGUGUUUUGUACUGUUUUAAAAAAUGUUUUGUUUGUAUAUCGUAUCUCAUUUAAAAGUUAAUUUAAACUUUUGUAUUCCACUCUACACUCAGCAUAUGCAAUAUGUAUAUAUCAUUAUAAAUUGUGUUAUUAUUGGACAUGGAAUUGAACUUUAAUAUGAUGACAUUAUUUACAUUUCUGAUUGUCAGUCAAAGAUUUUGUUUCCCAGAUGAAAGUGUUUUGGUUUAAUUUCUAACUGUGUUAGAUUGUUGAAAGUUUACUCAAUAUGUUUAAGUCCGACAUUUUGAUGAUGGUUCUGUAUACGGAUUUUAUUUCAUGUAAGCAAAAAAUACAUUAUUUUAAAUACGUCAUUUGUUAUUAAUAAAAUUUAAGUUAUCUCUUAAAAUUCUAAAGGCAAAAACAAACUGCGAUAUAAACAGAAAUUCAUAUUCUUUUAAAAUGUGUAAAAUUUCUGUUUAUAAAAUGCUUUCUUCAAUAUAAAAUAUAGAAUUGUCUUUAAUUAUAGAAAUUAAACAAAUCAACUGUAAUAUACACAAAGCUUUAGUACAAAACGUGCGUAUUGUUUAUACAUGAAAAAUUACAAUUUUACCGAUGUUAACAUAUAUUGAGUAUCAUGUCUCGGUGAUAUGUAACGAAGAAAAUUUUAAAAAAUAGUACUAUUUCCCUUAAAUUUUAGAUUUUUUUUUAUGUCAAAUGACAUAAAAUUUAAAGCUGAAGUUAAAAAUAUAAGCACUAACACAAGCGUUCUUUGU